UGUCACCGUUGAUACACUAGAAAAUAGAAAUUAUAGACUAUCGCACAUGUUCAUAUUUUUAUUUAUAAAGCUAAUGUAGUUUUUACAACGUUGUACGUAAAUAUUUAGGACAAGGCAUAAUGGAUUUUAUUGUGGAUACCGUGGGCGAUGAAGACCUUCAAGACAAAUCGGAGUUACUGAAAAAAGAUGAAAUACUUUUCAUAGAUAAAGAAAAGAAGACUGAAGCCAUUUUAGAUUUAUUUGAUAAGAAGAAAGCAGAAUUAGACGAGCAAGUUGCAAGAGAAGAAGCUAUCGAAAUAAAGCUUAAAAAUUUGAAAAUUGAUCAAUUAUUUGAUGAUUUCUUCAAUGACAUGAUGUGGACAAAUUCUCUACUAGCGGUAAAAAAGACAAAACCGGUUUUAUUUCAAUUCGAUCAAUUGGACAAAGAGACAGGAAAGCUUAAGUCAAAAAUUGGUUCUGUAGAUGUUGAAAAAGAGAUGAAGAAGUCGGUUCUUCAGCCUGGUAUUGAAAAAGAACAUUCACUACCAAAGUAUAAUGUUAGUGAAAAGAAGUUGAGGUCACUUAGGAAGCAAGAAAGAUUGAAGACCAAGGGUCCAGGCUGGUUUAACAUGCCCGCUCCUGAGAUAACAACAGAACUGAAGAAUGACCUCAGAUUAUUGAAGAUGAGGUCUGCGUUGGAUCCAAAACGUUUCUACAAGAAGAAUGAUAUGGAAGUCCUGCCUAAAUACUUCCAGGUUGGUCGUAUCAUGGACUCACCUUUAGAUCACGUCAAUGAAAGGUUAACCAGAAAAGAAAGGAAGAGAACAAUGGUCGACGAGCUUCUAGCAGACGCACAGAUUCAGAAGUAUAAUAAGAAGAAAUAUAAAGAAAUAAUAGACGAAAAGAGAAAGACACAAUACAAGACAUUCAUGAAGGAUAAGAGAAAGAAGAAUAAAGCGGAACUUAAAAAGAGUAAAGCUAAAGUUAAGAAGAGUAAAUAAAUUGUGUUGAUGUA